AAUUAAUUUUCAUGCCACAACUUAAAUCAGCCAUGUUUCUCUCUCUCAUGUAAGCCUACGAUGGAUUGUAAGAAACUUGAUGAUGACAAUUGGAGUUUCGUCAACACUCAAAUAUUCAUUCAAAUAAUGCUCGAGAAGGCUAGGAAGGAGCAAGGGUCCAACUCUAGAAAGAAAAGAGUAUUCAAUGACUUGCAAUGGUGUGCAAUUUACAAUGAGUUGCUUGUGAGGACGGGGAGAACAGGGUAUACUCCUACGAAGGUCCACCAAAAGUUUGUUCGCCUUAAACAAGAGUAUAGGAUUUUGGAUGAUUUAGUGAAAAAUACUAGUUGUGGUUGGGACAUUGCAUCCCAAACGGUCACAGCAUCCGAAAUCGUGUGGCAAACGUACGUCCAGGGACAUCCUGGUGCGGCUAAAUACCGUCAAAAAGGCCUUAACCACUAUGACCAGCUGCAGGAGCUACUUGAGAGCUCAUUGGCCAAUGGUGCAUUAGGCCAAUCAUCAUCCCUAAAAACCCCAACAUAUGAGGAGGAAAUAGCCAUGUAUGAAAUAGGAAAGCCUAUCAAGAGGGAGGACAGUGUAUCAAUGGGCAAGAGCAAGUCGGAUGGAAGUGGCGGGACCAACUCUAAGUCAAUGAGGUUUGAGAAAAAAGAAGCAGCUUAUGAAAAGACUACUUUUGCCAAUCAAAUGAGGGGAGAGUACUAUGGACUAUUGGUCGAUAGCCGUCGGGCCCAAGAAGCAUGCUCCAUUCCCAAUUGCCUUGCAUUGUUGGAGAAGAUAAAACCCAUCAUAGGUACCCAACAGUACCUUAAGGCUUAUAACAAACUUCUUAGCGAGGAAAGUCAAUGCAAAGGGUUUGUUAGUAUAAAGCCGGAGACGAGGGUGGAUUGGGCCAACAAUCUUUGAGGAGCGGGUACUAGUAAUUUGUGUUUGUGUUUAGUAUUUGUGUUUCAAGUAUUGUCUUGUUUCCAGACUAAAUUAAGUACUUCUGUAUGUUUCCGGGUUUGACUAUUAUGGACUAAAUCUAUUAUGGUAAUCUGUGAUUGGAGCCAAUCUAUUGUGUAUUCUUGGCUAUCUGUAGUGUAUUUUUGGCUAUUGCAUAAUGCUAGUGAAAUUGCUUGUUUUUUUUAUGUUGUCUUGCAUGUAGCAAAAUGUACUCAAGUCCACCUUGCUUUUUAU